UUUAAAGUGCCUUGUAGUGAGCGCGUGCAUGUAGUUCACUGUGGUGUACAUGGAUCUGUUACUGUCUGGAUUUAAAUACUGAAUAAUAUCAAGAUAAAGCAAUCAAUGCUGGAGGAAUCAUGAUUAUUCGGCUACACUGAGUCUUUUUGAGGCUUUGAUCGUCCGUAUUUUCAUUAGACUUUCGUGUGUAAAGAUGGAUUAUAACCCUUUAAUGGCUCCUCCGGUUCCGCCACACAAGCCGCCGUGCAGCCGGACAUCAGGCUCCCAGGAGCGGCUGCUGAAGUGUGUGCUGCUCGGGGACGGAGCUGUGGGCAAGACGAGCCUGGUGGUCAGUUACACCACUAACGGAUAUCCCACCAGAUACGUGCCGACUGCCUUCGAUAACUUCUCCGUGGUACAAGUUGAUGGACAGCCAUUACGACUGCAACUUUGUGACACGGCUGGACAGGAUGAGUUUGAUAAGCUGAGGCACUUCUGCUACUCCCGCACAGAUGUUCUGCUCCUCUGCUUCAGCGUGGUUAGUCCCGCUUCCUUCCAGAACGUGUAUGAGAAAUGGGUGCCUGAGAUCCGUCGGCGGUGUCCGCUCACCCCUGUCCUGCUGGUGGGUACGCAGUGCGACCUACGCCAGGAUGUCAAGGUGCUGAUCGAGCUAGCCAGGCGCCGUGAACAGCCUGUACCUGAGCUGGAUGCCCGUGCCCUCGCUGACAAGAUUGGCGCCGUGACAUAUGUAGAGUGCUCAGCUCUGACGCAGAAAAACCUUAAAGAUGUGUUUGACGCUGCCAUCUCUGCUGGCCUGCGCCAGUCUGAGAGACGCGCCAGACGGGAACGCAAGGUUCUCAGUACAGCCGAUAAGAUGAAGAUGCUGUCCAAGGCCUGGUGGAAGAAAUAUGUGUGUAUCCAAUAACACGAGCCAAGCUGUGAGUCAUCGACGCACAUGGACAAAGUGACACAGACUCUUGACUCAUUCAGUGCCUCAAGCAGAUGGACUGAUCAGGAGCUGCUCUCACAGAGGUGUGAGUGUAAAGUGUGUGUCUAUGGAAAGCAGUGUGUAGUCAGCGAGAUUAUUUCACCAAAGUGAGGGCUGAAGCAUUACUCGUAUCAGCUUUAGCUAUCAAGUCUCAGCGAUAAGCUGUUUGAAUAGUUACAGCUAUCUCUGCCACUCUGAACUCUGGCCAGUUCCAAGAAUAAUUUAACUUGGAGCUAAAGCGAGUGUUGAUCUCUUAAAAAAGAAUCAAGACAAAUUUUACGCUUCACUUUUUUUUGCCAUUCAGUACGGUUGAAAAGUUUGGAAUCCCUCAGAAUAAAUUACAUUUGAUUCAACAUUCAUUAUUUUAUGUGAAAUAUGUUUAGACCUGAGUAAUAAACCAAACAAGCAUUGAAGUAUUUUAAUCAAUAAAUGAUGCAUAAUUGACAGCAGUGAUGGAUAUUAUAGCUGGGCGAUAUAGCAAAAAUAUAUUAUAUCACUACAAAACUUUACAAUAUAGAUCGAUGUACAAUUGUCUAAUAAAAUGGCAGCCAAAUCUAUAAGAGGAUUAUUAAGACACAAGUUUUUUGCAUUAUGGGUGAUUACUAUGGCAAAUCACGGAGCAGGACAUUAUUAUAAAAUCGCCAUGGUGUUCGCAAUAUUCUAAGGAAAGCGUAUUAAUAUUAUUAUUAUGUUUUAUUACGACAUUGACGCUGUCCUAGCGCCCUACAACAAUGUUUAGCGUCAAGAUUUGAUUGUUUUUGAUCCUAAUACUAGAAUUUCCACAUAAUAUCCACAUCUUUUUUUAUAUGAAUUUUAUUAAUAAGAAACUCAAUAAUGUAGUCUCAAUAAUCAUUUACAAUUCUAGUCACAUUUCAGGACAAAUUUUCUUUUUCUUUUUUUUUCAUAAACAAUGAAAACCUUUAAAGUUCCAUAGCGCUAACGUCAAAGACGAAUCAUUUUAUCCAUGUAUCUGAGGUGAUUUCAAACUUUUGGAUGGUAGUGUACAGCAUCAAGUGCACAAAUAAUUCUAUUUAUGUCUGUUAAAUGUGUGAAUGAAUGUGUUGUUUUGUUUUAUGUAACUGUAUUCACUUGCAUUU